UCUCUAUAUCGGCGUUGUAUCUCUAUUUCAUACAUUGCGUUGCGUGACAUCCCCGCACUCUUUAAGAAAAGCAAUUGCAAUUCUUCCGUCUAUAAAUACGACAAGAACAUUGCUCUAUUUCCCCCGAAGUAACCUAGUUACCUUUAUUUCUCUCCCUUUAUGAUAAAAGAUACCCUACACAAUGGUGAAGAUCACAGGCUUUACUACCCGGGAUGUGCGGUUUCCGACAUCUUUGGAUAAGACUGGCUCCGAUGCCAUGAAUGCAGCGGGUGACUACUCCGCAGCAUACUGUAUCAUCUAUACUGACUCCCCACAUGCUGGACAUGGCAUGACCUUCACUAUCGGCCGUGGAAACGAGAUCGUCUGCGCCGCCAUCUCCCUUCUCGCCCCACUCGUUGUUGGAAAAGACCUGGACGAUCUUACAGCCAAUUGGGGCAAGACAUGGCGGCACCUGGUAUCCGACAGCCAGCUGCGCUGGAUUGGUCCCGAGAAGGGUGUCAUUCAUCUCGCCCUCGGAGCAGUUGUCAAUGCGCUCUGGGACUUGUGGGCCAAGACGCUCGGCAAGCCUGUCUGGAGGAUCGUGGCGGACAUGACACCCGAGGAGUUCGUCAGCUGCAUCGAUUUUCGGUAUAUUACUGACGCGAUCACGCCCGAAGAGGCAAUUGCUUUGCUUAAGGAGGUAGAGAGUGGUAAGCAGGAGCGUAUCAGGGAGGCGGAGCAGAGCCAGGCUGUGCCUGCUUAUACUACUAGUGCUGGAUGGCUUGGCUAUGGUGAGGAUAAGCUGAAGGCUCUUUUGUAUGAGAGCGUUCAGCAGGGGUACAAGCACUUCAAGUUGAAGGUCGGGGGUAACGUUGAGGAAGACAAGAGGAGGUUGCGGAUUGCUCGCGAGGCUAUUGGUUACGACAAGGGUAACAUUCUGAUGGUGGAUGCUAACCAGGUUUGGUCCGUACCUGAGGCUAUCACCUGGAUGCAGGAGCUCGCUGAGUUCAAGCCCUGGUUUAUUGAAGAGCCCACCUCCCCCGACGAUAUUCUCGGCCACGCCGCGAUUAAGAAGGCCCUCGAGAAUACCCCCUACGGCCCGAUUGGUGUCGCUACCGGAGAGAUGUGCCAGAACCGUGUUAUCUUCAAGCAGCUUCUGCAGGCAGGAGCCUUGACCGUUCUCCAGGCUGAUGCUUGCCGUGUCGGCGGUGUUAACGAAGUCCUCGCUAUCCUCCUGCUUGCUCGCAAGUUCGGUGUCCCUAUCGUCCCACACUCGGGAGGUGUUGGGUUGCCUGAGUAUACCCAGCAUCUCAGUACUAUCGACUAUGUCGUUGUCAGUGGUAAGAAGAGCGUGCUCGAGUAUGUGGACCAUCUGCACGAGCACUUUGUGCACCCCUCUAGCGUUAAGGAUGGUUACUAUGUCACUCCUAUGGAGCCCGGAUAUAGCGUGGAGAUGAAGCCGGAGAGUAUGGAUGCCUAUGCUUUCCCGGGUGAGGAGGGUAAGAGUUGGUGGAAGACGAAGGAGGCCAAGACAAUUCUGGAGGGCCCUAGGAUAUGAUUAGACCAAAGCUUGAUGUAUAUUUCAUGUGUCUCAUGUUAAUAAUUAUGUAACGAAAAUAGCCGUUGCUAUGUUAGCCCUUCUAUGAAAAUUGUUCCAUGUUAUGUGGUUCUAUGAUAUUCUGUAGAAUGCUAUAUAGAUACAUGCCCACUCACGGGAUUUGUAUAGUACAAUGUGGGAGCCAGUGCAGCAUUUGGACGCAAACGCGGAUCACCCAAAAGGUAAUGAUUUCCGUUUUACAUAAGCUUGAAGCUAUCCUGUCAAACCUGAAAGCCAUCAGAAAAUGACAAGAUGGCGGCUAGCCAUGCCGAUUAUUGUACCCAUGCCGAUUAUUGUACAUCGAUAGG